AUGGGAUUCAGAGACUUCCCGUUCCCGAUCCGAUCGGCGAAUCCAGAGUUCCGAGGAGAUAAUAAUCGUGUUUUUUUUUUUGGUCCAUUGUACAAACACAUCUUCCCUCCAACAUUAGCACCGUGGCUCUCCUUCGUCGGGAUACCAUGUAAGGUUAUACCGUUUCCUAUGUUUGAGCUGCAAAGCAAGUGGAUUGCGAGUGUUUUGUCGGGUCGGAUCAUGCUUCCUUCAAAGGAAGAUAUGUUAAUGGAAAUCGAAACAUUGUAUGCAACACUUGAAGGGGAAGGGAUUCCUAAGCGAUAUACUCACUCUUUGGGCAUCAACCAUUUUGAGUACAAUGAUUGGUUAGCUUCACAAUAUGGGUGCUCAGGAACAGAGGAGUGGAGGAAAGAGAUGUUUUUGACGAGUUUCAUGAGGAAGAUGGAGAAUCCAGAGACGUAUAGAGAUGAAUGGGAAGAUCAUCAUCACUUGGUUGCUCGAGCUUAUCAAGAUUUCUCCAUGUAUAUAUCAACCAAAAUAUGA